ACCAAAGUGAACACAUGUGCCAAAGUAUGGAGAUCGUUAGUACGGAACCAAAAAUGGAUCUCUACCGAGAGGCAAUCGUCUUUAUAACAGGUGCCACGGGAUUUGUGGGAAAGGCCUUGCUGGAGAAGUUGCUCUGGAGUUUUCCACAAAUCAAACGUAUCUAUAUGCUCAUUCGACCCAAAGGCGGCAUUACCGCCGAGCAGCGUUUCCAGAACUUUUUGCAAAAUGGGAUCUUUGAACGAUUGCGUAGUUCGUAUCCCGAACGCCUCAAGAAAAUCGCCUUUUUUCCUGGCAACAUUGAAGAUGACAACUUUGGUUUAAAUGAGCUCGACAGACUUGAGCUCUGCGCCCAGGUGAACAUUAUUUUCCACAGCGCGGCGACAGUGCGAUUUAAUGAGUGUCUAAAGGUAGCAGCACGUGUCAAUUCAGUUGCCACCUACAAUCUGCUCGAGAUGUGCAAGGAGAUGCCACAAUUGAAGAGCUUUCUCUAUGUUUCCACCGCUUACUGCAAUCCGGGACGCAAGUAUGUUGAUGAGCGCAUCUAUCCAACACUGCCGCCAGUGGAUUGGCUGCAGUUCCUCACCUGCACCAAAAAGAUUCCCGACGAGUAUCUCAAUAGAAUGGCUGACUACAUAAAGGGUCCGCAUGUGAAUACUUACACCUUCACUAAGUCAAUAGCCGAGCAGAUCGUCAACUCCUACAAGGACCUUAUACCCAUUGUUAUUGUUCGUCCUUCGAUUGUGACGGCUGCGUAUAAGGAACCGUAUCCGGGAUGGAUUGAUAAUAUUCAGGCAAUCAGUGGUAUUAUGAUGGAAAUUGGCAAGGGCGGAAUUAGCAGCAUAUUGGGCGAUAAGAAUCUUAUCUGCGAUAUUAUCCCUGUGGAUUUUGUAGUCAAUGCCAUGAUCAUGAUGGUGCACAAAGCUCAGCUGGGCAGGUGGGUAAAACUAUUAAUGCGAAAUGUAUUUUUCUCGAUUUUUAUCUUUCGGUGCAGCAUCAGCAUCAGCAAUGCCACUUCGGGUGUUACGAAUCCCAUCAGCUGGCAGAGAUUGGGUCAACUCACCAUGAAAUGGUCACGCAUUUAUCCCACCAAACGCAUGAUCAUGUUUCCCAACUUCAAGUAUCGUCGCAGUGCUCUCAAGCAUGAAGUUGCAGUGUGGUUGCUGCACUUUGUGCCCGCUAUCCUGAUGGACCUUUCCACUCUGGUAUUGAAGAAGAAGAAGCGACUUGUUACUCCGAUUGCCAGCAAAUUUCGACAAGCCUGUUUGGCGGGGAGCUUCUUUUCGCUCAAUGAAUGGAUCUUUAAGAAUCGUAGUAGAUAUUACUUCAAGGAUCUGAUUGAGAAUGGCACAUUUCCCAUGCUCUAUUGGAAUCUGGAUGAACUGAACUAUGAUGAUUACGUUCGGCGUCAUAUGAUUGGCAUUAAUAAAUAUCUACAUCGUGAAAAGUCGACAAUUAAUGCGAAUAAAAUGCAUGUGACAAGAGUCUAUUGGUUUUGGAUCUUCGCACAUAUUUUCUUUUAUAUGUUGGUUGCCUAUGUGCUUAUGUUGUAGUCAGAAUUUUAAUAAACGACUGUGGAGAUUUUGUGCAAA